AUAUAUUUGUUCAGUGGUUAAAACCGGAUAAAUGUCGGGUCCAUGAAGACCAACCGGGAAAGUGUUAUGUGGCGAAAAUUUAUAUUUUAUUGUUUUGAAAUUGCAUAUUUUUUUGAAAAGUAAAUGUUCCAAGUGAAUUUGUCAGUACAAUUUUCUAUGGAUUAAGUGAAUGUGCGUUUUUUGAAAGACGAUGUUGGCAAUGCAAUAAUGUAGUGACACGGAAACACGUGUAUAAAAAUAACGCUUUUAUUUGGAGACAAGUGUGUAGUUUGACAUGUCGUUAACAAAGUGCAUAACUAAAGAUAUACAAUAAUAGUUUCUCAAUUGGUGAAUCUUUUUUCAAGUUGGAUUAUUGUUAUAAGAAUUAUAUGUAACCUCAUAGUAUGCAACAAUAUGUGUGGGUGCUACGUGAGCGACACAUUAAAUCACAAUUUUCGGCUUACUAUCGUUACAUAAGGUAUAUAUUGUGUUUAUUUGGCAGUCUACGAGUGAUUUUCAUUGAAAAACAGUUUCCAUUUGAGAUUUAAUGUGAGUUUCAUGUGUAUAAUAUUUAUUGAUACAUAUCUGUACCAUUGUCUGUACGGUCUGUACAGUCAGCAUGCUUGUUAACCUCCUGAGAACUAAUUAACAUUUUUUUGAUUAAAAAGUUAUUGUUAUAACAAUUAAAGAUGGAGACUGAUUAUUUAAAUAUGCGUGAUGAGCAGCAACGCUAUCCAUCUUUAUCGAUUAUGGAGCAGUUCGAGCUGUUUUUACAGAAUGAUUAUGUGAUGCCAAAUCCACUUCCAACUCCAUUAUGUGAAGAAGGCUCUUUACUUAAAGUUGUUGAGAGCGAUUUUGAUUACAUGGAAAAUCAAUUGGACACAAGUGGUUUGUCCUGGGGAUCGGAACAGGAACUCAAUGGUGAUAUGGCUGUAUUACCAGUUUCUGGAGUUGCUUCAGUCUAUCCAAAAAUGGAGAGUUUAAGCGAAGAUUUUGCUAAAGUUCUCAAUGAUUGGCAAGAGCAUUUGGGCUUUUUAGAGACAUGUGAAUUUGAGGAACGAAUGAAUUCGUUGGACAUUGAUCGUCCUACAUCAAGAUAUCCUGUUCUACCCGAAAACAUAUUUGAUGAUGAUUUUCAUCCUCCAUCAAAAUCGGAAAAAAAGAUUCUUGAUGAUAAAAGUUUAAAGACAUCUUUAAAUUUAGUCAAUGAUUUAGAGGCAAGUAGUAGCAGUAGUGCUCUUGAUUGUCCCAUUGAAGAGAUUAAUGAAGAGACAAAUAAAAGUAAAAGAACACGAAAAAAUUUAGGCAAACAGAAAAUUAAAACUGAAGUAAAAAAGGAAAUUAAUUAUGCCGAAGAUUUAGGUGAUGAUAAUUGGUUUUUGGAUGAUAUAGAUUUAAUAGAAACAUCGUCAGUUUUGGAAGCUGGUGAUGUCACUGAUCUUCUUGAACAAUUUGAGGCUUCUGAAAUAGUACCAGAAUCUUCUUUAUCAAUGAUAAAUGAUACUAAAGAAUUGUGCCAAGAAGAAAUGAAGAAAAAGAAGAAAAGAGAAAUUUUGAAUAUUAAAGAAGAUGCUAUUGAACUUCCUCCCACAAAGAAACGAAAAUCUGAGAAGAAAACGACAAUAAAAGUCAACGAGAAUGUCCCAAAGAAAUCAGCGAAAAUUCAAGAAAAUCUUCAGCGUGAUGUCAAAAAAACACUUCCCAAAGAAGUUAUUGACAGGAUACAGGCUUCAAAUCGCAAGAAACCUAUAUCAGUCAUACCAGCAUUGCCAGAGAAGAAACCUGGCGUUCGUUGCAAAGGAACAAAAAUGCAGAAUUCAGACGCCACAAACUCCCGGAAUAAACAACUGAAAAUAGUGUCAAACAAAGAUAAUACUUUGGAAGGAUCAGUUCAAUUGGAUCACGAUUAUUGCAGUAAUGGCAAUACAAUAAAUUCAAAGAGUAAAACUUCCUCUAAACCAAAAGUGAAAAAGAUAACGAAAAAAAUUGCAAAAAUUGAAUCAACACGUCAAAUAAUAAACGAUAAAUUAAAUAGCGUUCUUUCAAUUGACAAUAAUGAGAUGAAGAAAAAUAAUAUUUUAGAAUCGCCAAGACAGAAUAAUAAUACAAGAGAAGAAAAAAUUGAUUCUAAAGAAUUGUCCACGGAAAAAGUGAAGAAAAAACAAUUUUCCCUAAAGAAAGUUGAAAUUACACAAAUUGUUGACAAUAAAGUGUCACCAAUCAAAGAAAAUAAAACCACAUCAACAAUUACCACAACAGUGAAGAAACAAUUUACGGAAAUGAAAGUAAGACCCGCCGUGACAACAAGUAUUCUUCAAACACGUAAAGGAGGAGUUAUCACAAAAACAAAAUCAAUUGAGGGCCCACAAAAAAUGAUUUCUGUACUCAAAAAACCACCACCACCAUCAUCAUCAUCGUCGUCAUCAUCAUCAUCAUCAUCAUCACAAACGGUUCAAACUCUCGUUUGCAAUAAAUCAAAUGAGAGUAUUGUGACAACUACAAAUAGUUUAAAUAAUGAAGUACAAAAUAUAAUUGUUCAAACACAAUCAAUUGAUUCAUUACAGGAGAAUGAAAAGAAACCACUAUUGCCACAACGUAAAAAAUUAAAUCUCGCCGAAUAUAGAAGUAGACGUGAACAAAAUCGUAGCGACAAUAGUCGUACGAAUUCACCAAUUCAACCAAUGACAUUGGUUUAUAUUUAUCACGCGUCAACCACUACUGAUCCAAUUCAAACUGAUCACGAUAAUGUCAUUUGGUCCGAGAGGGAAAUUGUAUCAAUUUUAAAACCAAAAUCAGAAAUUGAAGAAAUAAAAGUCGAUACAAAACCCGCCGUUCGCGACGCAUCAGUUCAAACAAAUGAAACUGUUUUCAAUCAAAUUCCAAGAUCAAAUUUCGAUUCUGCGCCAGUGAUUUCUAAGAAAAUUGAAAGAUCAACAGAUGGAAAACGAUUAAUUGAUAAACGAUUAAUGACAAAUAGUAGUAGUAGUACUAAUAGUAGUGUUAGUAUUCGAGGAAUUGAUAAUAAACGAUCAUUUGAUAAACAAAUUGAAUCAAAAUCAAAUGAUAAUCGUCGUCAAAUUGAAGGUAAAACAUUGAUUGAAAAUAAGCGAAAAAUUGAAAAUAAACCAAUAGAUAAGCGUGAUAAUACCUCAAUUGAAAAUAAAGAACGUAUUGAAAGUAAAUCGACAAUAGAGAAUAAGAGAAAAAUUGAUAAUAAACUUUUAGUUGAGAAUAAAGGAAUUGAAAAUAAACUGGAAAAUAAAUCACCAAUUGAAAAUAAACGAAUAGUUGAGCAAAAUUCAACUAAAUCACCUGAGAAUCUUUUAAUUAAAGGUAAAUCAGAUGAAUCAAGUAAAUCCAUUGAAAAAACAAAUAAAAAAAUCAGUUCUUCCAAUUGUUCAAAUAAUGAAUCGAAUAAUUCAGCCAAGGAUAUUGAUGAAAGAAUUCGAACGAGUAAAAAAGUGAGAAAUUACAGAAGAAGAGGAUCAUCAGAAUCAAGUCGAUCGUUAUCACGUAGCCGAAGUCGAAGUAGAAGUCGAAUAAGAAGUAGAAAUAGAAAUCGAAAUCGUAGCCGAAGUAAAAGUCGAUCAUGUCGACGAACACCAGAACGUCGUCGACGAAUAAGUCAUCGUCGCAGUUCAGUUAGUUCAAGUAGCAGUUGGUCAUCACGAUCAUAUACAAAAUCAUCAUCUAGUUUUAGAACAAGAUCAUCGCGAUCACGUUCACGUUCACCGAGAUUCUCCCGUUCAAGAUCGAUAUCAAGAUCAAGAUCGAGAUCAAAAUCAAGACUGAGAUCAAGAUCCAGAUCACGAUCAUCGUCACGAUUCUCCAGUUGCUCAAGGUUGUCGUCUCGCUCUAUUUUCACAAGGAGUAGAUGGUCAGGUCGACGAAGAUGGGAAAACCGCGAGCGGAAACGAAGUUAUGAUAGGAGCAGGCGUCGCUCCUCUGGUAGUAGUAACGACAACAGAAAUUCGAGGAGAUCUACUUCUCGUUCGUAUAGAAGACCAUACGAUGGUUGGUAUGAUAGAGAAAAGCAAAGACAAGUUGAGGAGCGAAGAGUAAUUUACGUUGGAAGACUCGAGGAGGGAAUAACGAAAGCUGACUUGAGAAGAAGAUUCGAAACUUUUGGUCCUGUUGUUGAUAUCAGUGUCCAUUUCCGAGAGCAUGGAGACAAUUAUGGUUUUGUUACAUUCGCUUAUAAAAGCGACGCUUACAAAGCUGUUGAACGCGGUAAUGAAAAUCCUUCUUUACCUCGAUACGAUUUAUGUUUUGGUGGACGUCGAGCGUUCUGCAAAGUAAAAUACGCUGAUCUCGAUGGAGCGCCAGGUAAUUCAUACGGUGGUAGAAAUAUGUUAAAAGGAGGUGGUGGAGGUGGAGGAGGAGGAGAUGAUCACACUUUUGAUUUGCUACUAAAAGAAGCUCAAGCAAAACUUCGUAAACGAAAGGUUUGACACACGUACUGUAUAUUAGUUAUAAAUAUAAUUUAACAAUUAUUAGUAUUGUUGAUGCCAUGAAAUUUGAUGAGGAAGAAUGAAUUUUUUUAAAAAUAUUAUAUUAAAAAUGAAAAAUCAUCGGUAGGAUUACAUUUUUCCUACUAAUUAUAAUAUAAUGGUACUUUAUUAAAAUGCACACACCUAUCUCAAUAAUUUUUUUUUCGAUACAAAACUCUCGCCAAUAACCUUUCGAGGUGAUAAUGUAGUUAACAAUACAGCUCAAGUUAUACUAUAUUUAUUAAUAUUGCAUUGAAAAAAUAUACUCCUUCACUCGAGACAAUGAUUAGUUAGAAAAAAAAAGUUUAAAUCUCUUGAAGACUUUUAAAUUAAAUUAAAUCAAUUUAAUUAAUUUUGAUAAUUUGUUUUCAAAACCUAUUUAAUAUCUUGAGAAUUUUUAAAAAUCAAAUUGAAUUUCUCGAUGAUUAUGAAAAAAAUAUGGUUGCGAUUACUCAAUAUUGUACUGAUAAUGAUGAUAACAAUUAACAUAAUCUAAUGAUUUUAAGUAAAAAAAAAAAAAUAAAAAAUAAACCUCGUGAUGUAAAACAGAAAAUUGUUCCUAUUAACUAACGCUUGAAUGAUGAAACGUUGAGAUUUUUUUUUCAAAUUCCAAGUCAAAAGGGUUACCAGAUUUUUAUAUUUCUUAACUAUUUGUCAAUUAUGCAGAAAAAUAAUUUGUCAAACAGUUUUUUUCGAUUAUUCUUAUAGCUUUAUUAUUGACAGCUUUUGUGAUGAUUAUAAUGUUGAUAAUAAUGAUAAUGUUAAUAAUAAUAGGGAUGAUAGUGAUUAUGAUAAUUAUGAUAAUAAUAAUAAUGAUGAUAUUGAUUGCUAAUGAUUAUAAUAAUAAUAAUGAUAAAAAUAAGAUAAAGAUAAUCUAAAAAGCCAAAAAUUUGGAAAAUUCAUUACAUUUAAAUAAAAUAAUACAUGCAGUGCUAUUAUUAUUUUUUUUUAAAGUAAUGGCAGGCAAUGUAAUAUUUUUUUAUGUAUUAGAUUGAGAAUUUACAUCAUCACUUUUUUAAUAAAAAAAAAAAAAUAAUAAUAAUAAUUAAAAUACUUUUUACGCUUUUUACUGUCAAGAAAAAAUAAUUGAACUAAACUUUUUAGAAAUAUAUUUACCGAGAGAAAUAGGUGUGUGAAAUAAUGCAAAAUAAAGAAACAACAACAAUUUAGGUAUUUCGAAUUCCCAUAGACUGCACAAUGGAUUUGAAUUUAUAUUCAAAUCAUUUGUAAAUGUUAUCGCGUUAAUUGCCAGGUUCUAUUUUCAAAAAAAUAUUGUCAAAAAAUAUAUAAUUGAUUUUUUUGAUACAAAAAGAGAAAAAAAAUAUACUAACAUAAUAAAUUCAUAAACUUUUAAUUCAAAUUUAUGAAAUAUUAAAAAAAAAAUUCAAUUAAAAUAAAUAUAUGAUUUAGUAAUAUAAUCUUAAAAUAAUGCAUGUUUAAAAAAAGAAAUUAACUUCUUAUGAAUAACAGUCAAAAGAAAAAUCUAAAAAAAAAAAAUAUGUAAUUUUAUAUUUUGUUUCAUUUUUUUUUUUAUUCUUUAUUCGAAAUUUAUAAUUAUAUAUAUAUAUAUAUGUAAGUUAUUAUGUGGCAGUUAAUGUGCUAACUUAAUUUUAUAUAUAUAUUAUAUACAUUAGGUCAAUAUUAGUCACGCUUAAAAGCCAGAAGUUGAUUAAGAAGUAAAAAUCCUCUAAUUAUUAAGUAAAUACUGAAUUCUAUUUAAAUAUUUCUUUUCUGUGUAAAGAAAUUUUUUUUUAAAAAAAAAGGGAAUUAAUUUUCCAUGAAGUCUCUUAUAUACGUUUCAAUAUGUCUUUUAUUGUGAUCAAUCAGUUGCCUUUGUUAUAAUUAACAAUUGACCUAAAUUUAUGGAUUGUCUGGCGUGUUUAAUUUUAUAAAUAUAUAAAUAUAAUCAAUUAAUUAAGAUAAUAUCAAUAAGUUUAGUAUUUCGAGUAGUGAGAGAGAAAGUGAGAGAGUGUUUGUGCAUAUGGGUGAAAGAGAAAAAUAAAAAAAAUGUAGAUUAUCGGUGUUUGAAAAUAUUUUACAGAAAAAAAUGAGUUGUUCAUUUUUUUUUUUUACUAAAAAAAAGCAUUUUUGUCAAUCAAUCUGUUUGAAUAUCUUAUAAGAUAAUUUACUUUCAAUAGUUAUUAAAUUACUAUUAUUAUCUUUUUAAAUUUUCUUACAGGUGAAUUAUUUUGAAAAUUUGAAUUAAAAAAUUUUUUUUAUGUCUUCACCGAUUUUCUACUAUUAUAAUUUAUAAUUUACUAUAUUAAAGAUAAUGUAAAGAAUAGUAUAGUAUAAAUAAGUUCACUAAGGAAAUUGCAUGACUCGCUCUAAAAAUAGAUUAUAAAGAAGUAAAAAAAAAAAAAAAAUUUUUUUUUUGAACGAAACCAAUCGAACAAAAAGCAAAACAAAAAAAUACUAAUGGAAAAAAUUGGAAACAAUUUCAAUUAUUAUGCUGCGCAUAAAAAUGUUGGUUAUACGAGUAAAGGAUGAAAUAAAGCAAAAGAGUUGUCUUUUUUUGGGGAAUAUUUUUUUUUUUUUUUUUUUAAAUGAAAAUGAAAACAGUUUUUUACACCUCAUUAUAUUUGUACAGCUUUUAAUAUUGUGUGUAAAGACAUUUUUAAGAACGAAUUGGUGCUUUUAUUUCAUACUUUAUUCUAUAUAAUUUUCGACUUUAAUUAAAAAAGAAAGAUAGAUAUAUUUUUUUUUAUAUUGUGUCACAUACUCUUUGUAUGUUCGUAAAAAAAGUUCUCUCAAACAUGAAAUUAUAGCUAGCCACGAUUUUUUUUGAUUCAAAUAAAAAUUGAAAAUAGUUUUAAUUUAUGAGAUAUUUAAUUUUAAAAAUCGUUAUUUAAAAUAUUAAAAAAAAAUCACAUUUAUUAAAAUUAUUUGAUUAUUUCUUACGAUUAAUUAGUUAUUUAAUUAAUUUAUUAAUAAAUUAAUUGGUUAAUACAUUAAUUUGAUAAUAAAAUCGCGGCUAGUUGUACUUUCAUGUAACAUGAAUUAUUAUUAUUGAAUAAUAUCGAAUUUAUUGUAAAAUAUUCAGUUUAUCAGGAAAUCAUAACUACGAUGUAAUAUAAUUUUGAUAUGUGAUAAAUGAAUGAUGCUAUACUUUAUAAAUUGUAUGUUGGAAGUAAGUAUAUAUAUAUAUAAAUAUUUAUAUAUAUAUAUUUAUAUAGGGCACUAUUACCAAGAAAAGAAUCGAUUUUUUUUCGAAAGACACGUUUCAGGAAUAUAUAUGUAACAAUAAUAAUUUAACAACAUUUAUGAAAAGCGAAAAUUUAGAUUUUAUUGUAUAAAUAGAUUUUAAGAAUUCUAAAUCACGCUUUAGUACUGAAGCAUGUAUUUCAAAAGAAUUGUAUUCGUUAAUAUGUAUCGGACGCCCAAUAAAGAAGUGGAAAAAUGUAA